AUGCCUCUGACGUGCAUUCCAUAUCCAAGGAAAGGUGAACCGAUACGAGUACGACGUAGAUCAGAUUCUCCACCAACUCCCGCAACACCGACGACUGCCGUGGUGAAUGAAGAAAAUGAAAUUGAUUAUUCACCUCUUAUUCAGCAGCAAGCUGACGGUAUUCGACUUCAAAAGAACCUUCGAUUGAUGGUUAAAGAAAUGUGUAGUAUUCAAAAAAAAUAUUUCAAUGAUUUGAAAGCAUGGAGUAGAAAAUGGAGUUGCGCAUUCGAACAGGAUACUUCUUCUCUAGCUUCUUAUGAAACUACACAACAUAUGCUCUCGUCCGUGAGCUCAAUCGGACAUGAACUGGCUAAAAAAAUCGAUAAUUCCCAUCGUGAACUUCGACAAGUUUUAGAUUUGAUUCCAAGAAAAGAACGAUAUCUAUCACGACAAUCCCAGCUUGAACAAGUACGUGCAUCGAUCAAUCGAGCUGAAAGUGAUUGGAAUGCAUACAAUAAAAGAUUAAACAAACUUAAUGAUCAACUACGUCGAAUUAAAAAUCAAUUGAAAGAUAUAUCAUUAAAUCACACAGAAAAAUCGGAUUUGAAAAUGCAACAAAGAAAUGUAGAGGAUAGUAUUGAGCAAGCAGAAAAAGACGUUGAAUAUGCCAAAAAACUAUAUCAACGAGCCGAGAAAAACUAUUGCAAAGAUACUGAUGCUAUAUUUGAACAAAGUCAAGAAGAUGAGCUUGAUCGACUUGAAUCAUUGCGUGAUCCGUUAGUGAUUUUCCUUGGAGCGUUUGAAAUAAAACAUGGUUCAUGGCAACAAGCAAUAGAAAAUCAUGAUCCUCAACGAGAUCUUAAUGCAUGGAAGCAGAAAUUCUUUUCUCAAAAAAUCAGAUUACCAAACACACAAUAA